AAAGUAAUUAAUCAUAUGAUGUUUUCGGAUUCCGUUGGGUUUUUGGUUUUCAAGCUUUUUAGGUUGCCCCCGUCCAGAUUCGGUUAUUCACAUACGUUUCAUACCAUUAACAAAAAUAUGACUUUUGCCAUCGUCAUUUGUCAUACAUCAUUUUCCAUUAUUUAAGUUGAUCUAUUAAUCUAUAGUAAGCUUCACACGCAUAUAUAGUUGAUGACUGCACAGCACGACACACUCCGCAUACAUCUUGCUAUUCUCUAGCACGUUCUUUUUUUUUUUUUUAAGCGAAAAUGCUCAGCCGUCUGGAAAGUGGAGAUCAUAUUCCAUCAAAGCAAUAAAUGUCCGACGAGCCACCGAAAAAACACAGUAGCCACCAUCCUCCUCCGCCGCCGUCGCUUUCUUCACUGCCCGAAGAAAUCGUAUUGAGAUGCUUAGCCUUUGUCCCAAGAAGCUAUCGCCUAAGCCUCUCUUGGGUCUCAAAAGAACUAAGAUCCCUCCUUCGCUCGCCUGAGCUCAACGGCUUGCGACCCGACAAGAACUCCCUAUAUGUAUGUUUCCUAAACAAAUACAACGAUCCGACCACCGUCCACUGGUUUACUCUUCGUCCCAAUGAGGAAACAACAACAACGGAGUAUGUGCUAGUUCCAAAUCCAACACCCUUCCCUCCUCAUAAGUACGGCUCCAACAAAAGGUUUCACGAAGAGAUCCAGGUGGAAGUCUUUGAUCCAAAGUCUGGAACCUGGGAGCUGGCAGGGGUGGAGAACGUGCGCAAGACGUUACGGUGCGGCGCCUCGGUGGAUCGGAAGGUUUACAUGGUGGAGUCCGAGGAGACGGGUGUGUACAACCCGAGAGGAUGCGAAAGGGAACGUAUGGUAAACGAGAGACUCUCCUCGGAACGUGGAAGAAAGGAAGCUUUAGACGAUACGGUGUGUCGCGCGUGCGUGGUGGAGGAUGUUCUCUUUGCUUUCUUUGUUAGGAGUGGGGUUAUGUGGUUUAAUACAAAGUUUAAUGCGUGGAGUAGUUUGGUCGGUCCCGAUGGGAAGGAACUGUUUAUCUCACGCGCGGAUGCGAUGUCGGAAUACGACGACGACGGAAGGCUUGCGGUUUUGUACAUGUUGGGUGAAAAUGAAGUUGAUGAGACCUUUACCAAGAGUGUUGGUUGUAUGUUGGUUAAGCUGGAUAGAGCUGGAGAAAAGAUUUGUGGGACGAUUGAUUGGUCUGGUGUUGUGGGUGCAGUUCCGUAUUGGUUUAGUUUUCUUCAUUGUUUUACCUGUUUAUGAUUGGUUGAGAGCAAGUUUGUUGCUGCUACAUAUAAAGAAACCAACUCAGAAAAUAAUUAACAUGUUUUAAGUUUGUGGAAUGAAGUCAUAUGUUUUUUUUUUUUUUGUAAAACUGAAGAAAAUGAAUAAACAUGUAACAGAAUGUAGAUUCAUAAACUAUGUUCUCCUGCUCUGCUCUUAGCAGUGAGCAGUAAAAGAAACACAUGCAUCCUUUUAACUGUGACACAUCCUCAUCCUCUUAGCUAUAGACUCUUGGCACAUCUCUAGAACAAAAGUUCCUUGAUGAAUC